CUCCAUUUGGUAAAGAUGACAACUGAAACCAUCCUCUUCCUCACAUCUUCAUCUCUCUUAAUUCUCUUAUUUCAAACUUGUGAUGCCAAGUACUCUUAUUGCAGCCCUUCUGCGUGUGGCGUUAUUCGCAACAUUAGCUACCCUUACCGCCUCAACGAUGAUCCCAACCACUGUGGCGAUCGCAGAUAUGAAUUAGCAUAUGUGAGAACAAUGUCACCUUCCUCUAUCUAAACACCCAUAAGUUCUACGUCAAACAGAUCAACUACCACAACCACACCAUCAGGCUUGCUCAUGCUUCCAUAAAAAACGACACCGUCUGCUCUUUUCCCACUUUUUCAGCAUAUCCCUAUAACUUCACCAUUGCUUUUAAUCUUGGUUACUAUGGCAGUCCAUAUGUUGAGCGACUUUAUCCCAUCAAUUUUCUGAGCUGCUCAAAUCCAUUGAAGAAUUCUUCCCUCUUUACAGAUAUCGCUACUCAAUGUGCCUCUAGAUAUGAUUAUGUAAAGGUCGGCCACAUGAAUGCCUCAGAGGUACCGCCUAUGUGCGGAAUAGAUCUGAUAGCGAUGACGUCGUGGGAGUUUGAAGAUCUCAACAACGUAUCGCUAUCAGAAAUCCACCACUCUCUCUUGUAUGGAUUUGACCUUCUCAUCUGCCAGGACUGCAGAGAAUAUUCAUACUCUACGUGGGAUGAAUUCGUAAAGUUUUUUGUCAUAAGACUUACAGGCCCUGUCUUGAUGGUUCUGGUAAUUGUAGUUCUCAUAAGUGCAGCAAUAAGCCCUCCUGUAAUGGCCAUCAUUGGAUUCGCUGUGGUGGUAGGACUCUCAUUACAUGUUGCCUUAUACAGUUAUUGGCACAAGCACAAUUAUGUUUUCCAAAGCAACGCACAAUCAGCCAUCAUUCCAACCGUCAUCAUGAUCUGUGCACCAAGGCUCAUCAUUUGCCCCUUCGUAGUGUGGCUUUUGAUUCACAAAUUUCGAACAAGGCAUUUCUCCUUAUUUGAGGGAGUAGAAUCGUUCCUACAAAGUGAAAACAAUCUUGCGCCAAUUAGAUACUCCUAUUCGGAUAUUAAAAAGAUGACUAAAGGUUUUCAAGUCAAACUAGGUGAAGGAGGCUACGGUUCAGUUUACAAAGGAAAGCUUCGAAGCGGACAUGAUGUAGCAAUCAAACUGCUUGGAAAGUCCGGAGGAAAUGGGCAAGACUUUAUGAAUGAAAUAGCAACUAUUGGAAGGAUACACCAUGUCAAUGUGGUGAAACUAGUUGGAUAUUGUGCACAUGGCUCCAAACGUGCCCUUGUCUAUGAUUUCAUGCCCAACGGUUCCCUUGAAAAAUACCUCUUCAAUCCAGAAAAGAUGGACUCGUUGAAUUGGAACAAAAAGUUUGAGAUUGCAGUUGGAGUUGCUCGUGGGAUUGAGUACUUGCAUCGAGGGUGUGAUGUUCAAAUCCUCCAUUUCGACAUCAAGCCUCAUAACAUACUUCUUGAUGACAACUUCGUUCCCAAAGUAUCUGAUUUUGGGCUGGCAAAAUUUUUCUCCACGGACAAGAAUGCAGUGACCAUGACUGCUUGUAGGGGUACCAUAGGGUAUGUUGCUCUUGAACUCAUCAGCAGAAGUAUCGGUGCAGUCUCUUACAAGGCUGAUGUUUAUAGUUUCGGAAUGUUGUUGAUGGAAAUGGUAAACUUAAAGAGAGACUCGAUGGGAGACAAUGGUGAUUCCGAUCAGUACUUUCCAUACUGGAUCUAUGAUCACAUCAACCAAGGCAAAGAUAUUGUAAUUGGAAAAGCUGAUAGUGAUGAAGAUGAUAAUAUGAGGGAAGUUGCUCGAAAAAUGACAAUAGUUUCAUUAUGGUGCAUACAAAUGAAUCCAGAUGAUCGUCCACCAAUGAAUAAAGUGUUGGAAAUGUUGGAAGCUGAUGUGGAACGUCUACUAAUUCCUGAUUAUCCAUCGCAGUUGACCCAAAGUGUAGUUAAUGUGGAUAUAAGUGGGAUGACAUGGUCGAGUGCAGAUUCAGUGCGCUUGCUACAUGAUGAAGAUGAUGCAGUAGCCUCUUCUUUGGAGAUUACUGUUCAAGAGUGACAACUUAUGCAACAACAACACAAUCACGGGCAUGU